CCCUCUGGCGGCGAAGCGGCAGACUACAACGUUUCCCCUGGUCGGCACCCUGACCUGUGGCUGACCCCACUAAAUCGGACAAAAAAGUAAAAACAAAAGAGCAAGACAAAGUACUGUCCGUUAUAUUUUUUUUAGAAACGAAACUCUUUUAUUUUUUUGACUCGGUAGUGGUUCUAUAGAGAGCUUCAAGACCCGCAGACGACCAGCAGGCAUAUUUGUGCCACUUGCCAAAUACAUGUCACCCUAUAUCUCUCCUCCCAUCUUCUCUUCUGAAGUGGAUGGGGAAAUGUGGUGCUACCAAAAACCGGGGUUUGAAACCCUCCUUCUCACUGAGCUGCAGCGACAGCAACAGUGCAGCCAGUUCUGUGAUAUUCUUCUUAAGGCAGAAGGGAUGUCUAUACCCGCACACAGCUGUAUUCUGUCAGCUUUCAGCCCCCACAUCUCCUCCGCUCUGUCCUCCACAACGACGCCCCCCGAGGGGCAGAGUCGCCUCUUGGAGUUUCGGGCUCUGGGCGCCUGCACCCUGCUUCACUUGGUCAGGCUUCUUUAUUCUGGAGAGAUGGCUGGGGAGGGCGAGCGGGAGAAGCAACAGGCUAUUUCUGCUGCGGCCAAGCUGGGCAUCCAUGGGCUGGUGGAGGUGACGAAAACGGAGCGUAAAAGCAGGGAUGGAGUUGGGCAGUGCGCCGAGGUAGGAGUGCAGACAGAGCCUCCGAUGUCUGAGACUGAGGGGAGACAGGGCAGGUGGAGGAGAGAGGUGAGGGAUGGCAGCACCUUUCUGUGGAAAGAGGUGAUGUCAGAUGGUGGGAAAGACAUGUGGACUCAGACAGAGGACCUGCAGAUAAACACAGCUUCCCUUGCCCAAGCAGCAACAUCAUUUGAGACCAUUGAUAUGAGUGCUUUCCAGAGUAUAGGACACACAGACCCCCUUCUUGUUCCCCCUCAGAUUGUACCUGUAUCUUUCAGCUACCCUGCAAAUGAAAGCCAAACACCUCAGCUGUCCUCCACUCACGUAGCGUCUUUGCCAGAAGCUGCAAGCACAUCUGUUGAUGUUGUGGCACAGCCAUGCACAUCUGUCCCCACAUCCCUGCCUCAUUUCUCAAGCCAGACAACCCUCUGUGCUGCUGACCCUCAGAACGGGUGGGCUAGCCAAGACGUUGCAGUGGCUGAAGAAUGGGAGGACGAGCAGUUUGAACAGUUUCAAGGUAACAUCCCAGGAUUCAUCAGGUACUUCCUGAACCCUGAGAAAGAGGAGGGGUCCCGCGGGGGAAGAGCAGGGAGGAGGCGAGAAGCUGGGAUCGGAGGUGCCAGGAGAGCCGAGAUGGGCGAGAAGAGGGCGAGGAGACCAAGAGGCGAAGGGAGAGGGCGAGGAAGGCUUACUCAGAUGGUGCAGGAGGUGAGGGUGAGCAGGCUGCAGAAGUCAUUCCUGCACAGGUGCGGCACGAGCAUGCCCAGGAUAGGUCAGGGAGGCGGAGCUGUUGGCAGGAAGUUGUGCCUGAAGAACAGAGAGUCUCUGAAAACGGGAAGAAGAGGGCGUGGCAAAGCGUGGGAGCUCAGCCUAGGUGGAGAUGCGCUGCAGUGUGUUGAGUUUGGAGGAAGUACCCCUCAGCGUGGAAGGAAAACUACAGCACAGCAGUUUGACCAGGGCAGUCUCCCUGCAAGCAGGGCACGAAGGUCAAGAGCCAAAACGGCAACAUCGGCUUCCUUUUCUUCCCCGCCCAUGCACUCCAGCAAUGCUCAUGCUCUGUCUACCUCUAACCUCUCCUUCCAGGCGUCUCCAUGUCCCAACCUGCUGUCACCUGCAGUCUCUUAUACUUUUCCAGCAUCCCCCUUUCUUGCUCCAGCCCCUCCACCUCACGAGGACCAGCCUGAGCACAUCGAUCGUCUUCUGGAGGAAGUGAUGAUGGGACUCGACAUUUUACCAAACAGCGACCGCAGAUCUCCAAAUGCUCAGCUUCCCCUUCAAGCAGGUUGCAGCAGCGGCGGUGCCUUUGCCUCCUCUGACAUCAUUUCAAACCCGAACGAACCACAGGGCCUGAUUUCAGAGGUUGCUGUUGUAGUGGGAGCAGCUGGUUGCGCCAGUUCUGCAAACGGUGAGGUGCUGGCUCUGGAGCAGCAGAGCGAGGGAGAGUUGAGUGACAUGUUGGACAACUUACUUCAGUCGUUUGAGCAGCACAUUGAAAGCUGUCAUGCCACAGAGGAGAGGGAGAUGAGCGGUGUGAGCUCCACAGAGACCUCCCGCCCUUACACUGUCCUGAACACCAGUGAUCAGACUAAAACCCCGCACAUGGCUCAUCUGCAGAAGAGCGCACGCAGAGUCAGACGCUGUCAAACACCUGAGCUGCAGAGUAAUGAAAAUGAGUCCCCGCAGAGCUGCUCACAGUCAUGCGAGGCCCCCGCUCGCCGCACUGUUUCCCCCAAACACACCGAGGAAGCCAGACCAACCAAACAACCUUACAAGAAAAGACGAAAACAGUAUCUGUUCUCGCUAGAGAAGAAGAAGGUGAAGGUGAAGAACCCGGUGUCCUCAGGUGAUGGGGUGAGCAGUAAAGGGAAUCAGCUACAGCAGAUUCCUGUGGUGAAACUGGAGAGGAGAGGCUUGCUGCCUGUCAGGGUGACACUGCAGAGACACGUCUGUCAGAGUCUGGAAGGCAAGGGUCCUGCAGAAACAAAGGCCAUAUCAUCAACAGUUAAAAAACCUCAUGUUGGUUUCUUAAAGACCUACCCAAUCAGGAGCCGAUAUAGGGAAGCACAAAUAAUGGACGCUCUGCCCUUUCUUGAGGAGCCACUUUCAGCAGCUCAACCAGGGUGCAGGCAAAGAGGCAGGCCCAGGAAGAAUGACCUUCUCAGUUCAUCCAACAGAGCGCCAUCAACACCACCCACUCAGGGGCAGCCUGUUGAUAUCUGUAACACAGAUGAACCGCUUGAGAAAAAUCAGGAGAGACAUGAGGAGGAGACAGCUGUCGAGUCACAUGAAGAGGCAGAGGGGCCUUUGAGGAGGGGACAAAAGAGGGGAGCAGAUUCAGAUGAGGAUACAAGUGAUGAUGCCACUGUGACCAAGACGGCUUGCUUUGAGACGACACAGCCACCCAACUCUGAACCUGCAGACUUUAGCUCUGAACCAACCACCACAAAUCUAGAGGAGGCAAUCGAUGUAGAGACAGUUUCUCUGACCAGUGUGGGAGGUGUUUUACAAGAAGAAGAAGAAGAAAAACCCUUGUGGAGAGAACUCCGAUUGGCUGAAGGAAGUCUGACAGAUGAAGAGAUGCAGAGCAGCGCUAAUGAGAUCAUUGAUGUGGAUGGAGAAUAUGAAGACAAGGAGACACAAGAAGAGGAUCACUGCCAAAGCAGAACAGCACCAACUGGCCCGCAGCCUUCUGUUUCACCCUCACAGUCUGCAAGAGAAAGCUGGGUCAAAGCCAAUGACGAAGAUAUCGAUGUGAUCGGAGGCUCCAGUCCCAUCCCUGAACCAGUGACCAUCAGCUGGACCGAGUCUUCAGACGGUGAGGAAGAGGAAGGAGACGGGGAUGUUGAUGUAGUCGGGGAAAACAAAGACAGCGCUUCGUCAGUGAUCUUCACCGCUGUGAGUAAGCACAGUGUUCAGACUGAGGUGAGCUUCCAUUAGCAUCUCUGAUAGCCACUUCUUUUUUGCUUUUCUUUCUCAGUUCAUGCGAUUUCUUCCAUCUGAAAACAAUUCAGAAUUUGUUUUAUUAAGCUGUGUAUAUUUCAGCGCAGGUGAAAACCCACUGACAUAGAUACAGUACCAAUACUGGUACUGUGUUCAUAAAUGUUUGUCUUCUCUCUAUAUUGUGCUCACUUCCAUGUGCAAACACGCUGACAAUCACAUGAGGGAUUUUUUGUUUUCCUAUUUUACUGACCUUUAGGAAAAGAAGAGCUGUGAGCAAAAUGUGCUAUUUGUUUUGUUUUGCAUAACUCUGUGAGCUUAAUCAAUACACAAGGACUUGGGUUUGUGUCAGCUGAGUAUACACAUGUAACUUUUGUCGAACUAUCAGAGACGACUCUAAUUGUUCAUAUUUGAAGGAUUUUAUGUAAAGAGUUCCAAGUUUAAUAUUGUUCAUAACAGCAGAGUUGUUGUUUAUAAACAGCAGUUUGUUUUAACUGAAGUGUUGGAAAUGCUUUAAAAAAAAAUCUUUUUUUUUUUUUUGUACUAUAGAAGUAAUCAAGGCUGUUUUAUUAGUUAUACAUAUGACAAUAAUUGCUUUGGUUGUAGAUAUGAUUCAUCAUAUAUAAAUAUGUGUGUGUGUGUGUGAGAGCCUCUGUUCUGCCAAAAACUUCCAGAAAAUAUUCAGCAUUCCUUGUUUUUAUGUCUGGUUUUGUUUACUAAUGUUCCCGUGGCACUUUUGUUCCAGU